GACAAUUCAGCAGGACGAGGGAAAUGGGUAAAAAAAGACAAGCGUAUCACUAAAAAGACAAGGCAUUACAUUAUAUAUAUAAUAGAGUAAGGUAAAUAACGGGCUUCGGGUUGCUCGAGUUGCAACGGGUUGCUCGGGUUGCCGAAGCGCAGGGGUUCCAAAUCUGGAACGGGUUGCCAUGGGUUGCCAGGAGAAUCCUGACCCAGCAAAAUGGGGCGAAGCCGGGCGAAAUGGAGGGGCAUCCGUGCACUCGAAGCGAAGAAUUGGAGAAGAGCGCAGUCUCUUUUUUUUGUUGCUGCUUAUGAAAGGGGCAGCCACGUUACGUUUGAAGGGCUCUGCAGGCUUUCGGGCUCUUCUUACUUUUGUAGCGUGAGGGCGCGUGUUUGAAGCGAAAACAAGGAGCGCAGGCCUCUGCUCUCUGUUGUUUUUUUUUUGAGGUGAGUGGCGCUGUGGUGUGUCGUCUUCGAGUCGUUGCUGGCGCUCUCUCCCUUUUUUCUUCGGGUGCGAGCGUGGCCAAUCUACUUGGGGGCUGAGAGCGAGUCUCCGUCUGCUGGCUUCAGCGGGCGACGUGUCCAGUCUUGGGUAUUGCAGUAAGUAUACUGGAGGAGGUUGCUAAAUCGGAAUGGAUUGACGCGCUAGAUAUUUAGACAUGAGCGCGCCGCCAUCAGUAUGCAACUACGGCGCGGCGCGUGGUCGUGUCGUGCGCUCCUGUUAAGGUCUCCCGCAGGGUCAUAAAUCUGCGCCCGAAGGGCGCCGCGCAAAGAAUUUGGGUUGGCAACUCGAGCAACCCGAGCAACCCGACCCGAUAUGGGUCAAAAAAAACCU